AUGUGUCUAUUAGCACUUGUGAUUUUAACCUUCUGCUCCACUCGAACCUGCACCGAAGACAUUCAUAAGUGUCCUCAUGGGUGUGAUUGCACGGAAUGGAAAGGUUUUUAUGUUUCAUGUACAGAUAUUUCUACCUUGCCAUUGUUUCCUGGAAACACUGAGACACUACGUCUCUAUGAAACAAGACUGAGCUCUGUUCCUAAAGACGCAUUUGCCAACAUGGUGAACAUCUCAUUAAUUUAUCUCUCAGUUGAUGUCACAUUAAGAAGUUUAGAGAAACAUUCAUUUUUCAACCUGAAGAAGAUUACACAUAUAGAAAUAAGAAACACCAGAAGUCUGACGACUAUCGAUCCUGAAGCUUUCAAAGAUCUACCAAAGUUAAAAUAUUUAGGUUUGUUCAAUACUGGACUCACCAUCUUUCCUGCACUGACAAGGAUUUGUUCUGAUGAAUCACCUUUCAUGCUAGAAAUUACUGAUAAUAUUUACCUCACUGAAAUUCCUGCAAAUGCAUUCCAAGGCAUUACCAAUGAUGUGCUAACGGUGAUGCUAUACAGUAAUGGCUUUACUAAAAUCCAACACCAUGCCUUCAAUGGGACAAAACUAGAUGCUAUAUAUCUUCACCGUAAUAAACAACUAACAGAUCUGAGUGAAGACAUGUUUGCAGAAACCAUUAGUGGUCCAGUGCUGCUUGAUGUGUCUGACUCAGCCAUUACCUCCCUUCCAGCAAGAGGACUAGAGUCACUCCGGGAACUCAGCGCUCGGAAUGUUUGGGCCCUUAAAAAACUUCCACCUAUCAAAACUUUCAGAAAUCUGUUUGGUGCUGAUAUGACGUAUCCUAGUCAUUGCUGUGCAUUCAAGAACCUUAAGAAAAAGAAAGGGUACCUGGAAUACAUUCUUUGUAACUUGACUGAAAAGCAUGGCCAACAUCACAAAAGAUCAGUUGAUACAGUUACAAUCCCAGCUGUCAAGGAUGCUAAAGACUCAAAAGACAUGAGUGACCUCCAUACGAACAACUAUAACCAUUACGACUUUCUAAGUAGUCUACAUUAUCAGGACUUUCUUGGUGGGCAUGCUGACCAUGAUUUGGGCUUUGGGGACACACUGAAGAAUCCUCAGGCAGCCACCAGUCAGGACUUUGAUAGUCAUUAUGACUAUGUUAUAUGUGAGGAUGGAGAAGCUGUGACAUGCUUCCCAGUCCCUGAUGACUUCAACCCCUGUGAGGACAUCAUGGGUUUCAGCUUCCUGAGAGUGUCUGUUUGGUUUGUCAGUUUGCUGGCUGUACUUGGAAAUUUUAUGGUGCUCUUUGUGCUCCUCACCAGUCAUUACAAAUUAUCUGUCUCCCGGUUUCUCAUGUGCCACUUGGCAUUUGCUGACUUCUGCAUGGGACUCUAUCUGCUUCUCAUUGCCUCAGUGGACCUUUACACACAGACAGAAUAUUACAAUCAUGCAAUAGACUGGCAGACAGGACCAUGGUGUACACUUGCUGGAUUUAUCUCCAUCUUUGCAAGUGAGUUGUCAGUUUAUACAUUGACCACAAUAACUCUGGAGCGCUGGCAUGCAAUCCACUUUGCAAUGCAUUUAGAUCGUAAACUGCGUUUGUCCCAUGCCUCUGCUGUCAUGCUUGGUGGAUGGCUCUUAUGCUUCCUGCUGGCCCUUAUGCCAGUGUUGGGGGUAAGCAGUUACCAGAAGGUCAGCAUAUGCUUGCCCAUGAGCACUCAGAACCUGUUGGACCAGGUCUACAUUUUAUUUGUGUUAGUUCUUAACAUUGUGGCCUUUGUGGUCAUCUGUGCCUGCUACAUUAGGAUCUACUGUGCAGUGCACAACCCCACUUACACCUCAGCCAGCAAAGAUAGCAGUAUUGCUAAGCGCAUGGCUGUGCUAAUUUUCACCGACUUCCUCUGCAUUGCACCAAUCUCUUUCUAUGCCAUAUCGGCUGCGCUGGAUCAUCCACUCAUAACCAUUUCAAAUUCCAAGAUCCUGCUUGUGCUCUUCUACCCUCUGAACUCCUGUGCUAAUCCUUUUCUCUAUGCCAUAUUUACCAAGGCCUUUCAGGGAGAUGUAUUUAUCUUGCUCAGCAAGAUUGGCCUGUGCGAGCAACAGGCCCAAAUGUUUCGAGGCCAAACUGUCUCCACAAAAGCAAGUAGCGGAGACACAAACAGGCGUGGAAUAAGAACAAAAAUGCUAACCCGAUGGAAUGUUCUGACCACUGCUACCUGUCAUAAACAAGGACACUAA